AUGCGUGCUCAAGCAUGGACACUGGCGCUUCAAGCGCUCCUCGCUGGACGGGUCUUGGCUGACGAUUGUUCCACAACUGUGACCAUCACGACCUCGCCUCCUUCUAUGGCCUCGUGCGCCACUUUCUCGGGAGAUGUCGUGAUAGCCUCGACUUUCAGUGGCGAGCUCAAUCUGAGCAGUGUCGAGACAAUAGCCGGACGUGUUAUUGCGACAAGCGUCCCGAACCUCGAAGCCAUCCGCCUGCCAGCAAUCAUUUCUGUUGAAGGCGUCGAAGUCUCAGAUGCUCCCAACUUCAACACUUUCGACUUUGCGCUUCAAAGCAACGCCGACCACGCCAGCUUGGGCGAUGUCGACUUCGAAAACCUUGCGUCAUUCCCCGGCUUCACCUUCAGUUACGUGGGCGGCAUAGCCAAUCUCACCUACAACAACGUAUCCAGCGACUACUUGUGGUUUUCAUGGGAAGCGUCAAACGUCGGCAUGGACAACGUUGUCCUGACGAAUAAUGCUCUUCUCGAGAACGUAUCGAUCCCCUUCGUGUCGGGUGAAGGAAUAUCAGUCACCAGCAACGACGUCAUGGGUUAUCUCGGCUUCGAUUACAUGACCGAGAUCGCCCAUGCAACCAUAACUGCCAACCCGUCCAUGACCCAGGUUUGGUUUCCUUCUCUGACGGCCGUUGCUGGUGACUUCAUCCUGCACGCUUCCCAUAACGUCUAUCUCGAUCUCAACUCGACUCUGCUCAAGAGCGUCGGCGGUAACGUCGAGUUGACAGGAGACAUCAGUUGGUCUUUCGACGAAGACGUCGUCGUCAACGGGACCAUGACGGUAACCUACGACGAGGCCGCAGGCGACGAGUACAAGUGCGCCGAGAUAACGCCCGGCGUGCUGACCAUCACCUGCAACGGCGAGGUCCUCAAGGCCGCGUCGACAGACACGGGCGGGAUCGUCACCGUGACGGCCGGGGCGGGCAACGGCGCCGCCAGCACCCGCGCCCAGUCCGGAACCGCCGCCGCCUCGUCGUCGUCCUCGUCCGGCCUGAGCUCCACCGUGAAGAUCGGCAUCGGCCUCGGCGUCGCGCUCGGCGUCAUCGGCAUCGUCGCCAUCAUCGCCGCCAUCCUGCUGCUCCUGCGCCUGCGCAAGAAGCGCGCCGUGUCCAGGGACGGCACCGCCGCCGGCGCACCACCACCUCCCCACCUGGGCCAGCAACAAGGAUCGAACAUGGAGUCGGGCGAGCAGAAGCAGCCGCCGCCGUACGCGGCGCUGUGGCGGGGCCGCUCGACGAAGAAGCACGGCGCCGGGUCUGCGGAGCCCAUGAUGCAGGGCGUGCCGAUGCAGCAAUAUCAGCAGCAACAGCAGCAGCAACAGGGACCGCAGGAGUUGCACGGCAGUCAGGGCGUGGUGGCGCAUGAGCUGGAGAGCCCGAGGUUGAAUCCGGCGGGCUUCUCGCCGAUGAUGGCGCAGGGAGGACAGCAGCAACAGCAACACCCGCCUGUGGAGAUGGAAGGAGAUCAGAAUUGGAGGAGGUCGGAGCUGAUGGCCGAGCCUGUGGUGCUGCAACAGCAGCAACAGCAGCAACAGCAGCAGCAGCAGCAGCAGCAGCAGCAGCAGUGA